AUGACGAGACAGCAGAAGACCCUAAGACUAGCCAACAAAAAGAAAGCUGGCUUUAAAAGUAAAUACCAAGAAUCCUACUUAGAUUAUGGGGUUCACUGCAACAGGUGGUUCAUGUUCUCCAAGCCCGCUUUGUGGAUGGUUGCACUGACGUCAUGCCAUGCCACAUGGAACAAGCCCAAAUUCUUGGCCUUCUUGGUGGGACUCACCAAAUGCAUGCUGGUGACUCUUCCUCACUUGGUCAAGAUGAUAAACACUCCCCAAUAUCAACUUAAGCAGGGCACUGAAGGCCUAUGCCCCUUCAUUGAAGAUAUGAUUGAAAUGGGAGUCAUCAAGCCCACAAUCUCUCUUUUCAAUACCCCAUUUGGCCAGUAUGGCCCACCUCACAGCUCCAGCUUUCCCAUUACCUGGGCCUUGGUUCCCGCUGCGCCUGCAUCACCAGCCAUGAUGACCCCGCCACCGCCGCCGUCAUAUGUGCGUCAGAAUUACCACCCUGAAUGUGAGGCCGCCGUCAACAACCAGAUCAUCCUGGAGCUCUACGCCUCCUACGUGUACGAGUCCAUGGCCUCUUAUUUCGACAGCAAUCAGGUGGCCUUGAAGCACUUGGUCCAAUUCUUCCUGCAGCAGUCGAGCAAGGAGAGGGAGCAUGCCCAGAGGCUGAUAUGGCUGCAGAACCAGCGCGGGGGCCAACUCCGUCUGCGUGACAUCAGCAGGCCUGACCGCAACUGCUGGGAGAAUGGCGUGAAGGCCAUGGAGUGUGCCUUGCACUUGGAGAAGAAUGUGAACCAGAGCCUGCUCAAUCUGCACCACCUGGCAACCGAGAAGAAGGAUGCCCACCUGUGUGACUUCCUGGAGAGUCACCACCUGGAUGAGCAGGUGAAGUUCAUCAAAGAGUUGGGGGACCAUAUCACCAACCUGCGCAAGAUGGGAGCCCCGGAAUCCGGCCUGGCUGAAUACCUCUUUGACAAGCUUACCCUGGGAGACAGCGACAAGAAGAACUGA